AGUUUGGAAUCCCAUGUCCGCUUGAUGGUCUCGUAUUUUCUUUGAGCUCGUCCGUGUGUUAUUGUUUGUCGCAGUAAACAAAACAGUCACAGCAUUCUUUUAGGAUUAGUUUUAAAUAGUUUUAUUGGUUAGGUAACAUUUUCCCCCUAAAAUAAUAAGGCUCAAACUUUGAUAUCAACAUGUCUACACGGCUGUGUGUUAUUAGGAGGCUUUUAUUUUGUUUUGGCGAAACCGGAAGUAGUUUGGAUGUCCGCUUGAUGGUCUCGUAUUUUCUUUGAGCUCGUCUGUGUGUUAUUGUUUGUCGCAGUAAACAAAACAGUCACAGCGUUCUUUUAGGAUUUUUAAAAAUAAUUUUAUUGGUUAGUUAAUUUUUUUGUUUUUUGCUUUACAAUGUCUUCGCCGAUGGAAAUGACAGAGCUGUAUGAUAACGCCUUACUGGGAAUUUUGCAGCAUGUUGGAAACAUCCAGAAUUUUCUGCAGAUCUAUUUCGGCUUUUUGUACAGAAAAACAGACUUUUAUCGCCUUCUGACCAGCCCCAAUGACAAAAUGGGGUUCCCACCUGGAGUGGCAGAAAAAAUGGUCCUAAAGACCUUUAAGUUGUUUGAGAAGCUGGCAGUGCAGGACCGAGAGAAGGCGAUGAAGCUGGCUGAAGAAGCCCGAGCCGUUCCUGCUGUAGUGGAGGAAAUUGAAGUUCAGUCACAGCCAGAACCUGCACAGGAAUCCACGUCCGCUGAAGUGUCCUCCACAGAACCAGUACCUGCAGGUGCAGCAUCCGCAGAUGGAAAUGACGCCAAAGUGCAGCCUGCAGAGAGCGAACAGCCAACAGCAGCUCCCGCGUCUGCACCAUCUGCAUCUGCAGUAUCUGCAUCUGCAGUACCUGCAUCUGCGCCGGCGGCCAGUUCGGAUUCUUCUGCAGCUGCAUCUGGCCAGGCCAGUUUCCAGGCAAACCCAGACAGCUACAACGGUGCUGUCAGAGAAAACUACAGCUGGUCACAGGACUACUCUGAUGUGGAAGUGCGAGUUCUUGUCCCACCGAACAUCGUCAAGGGCAGACAGGUGUCCGUCAGUCUUCAGUCUGGUGGCGUGCGUGUGGCAGCGAAGGAAGGCGUGUCGGAAAAGGUUCUGAUGGAAGGCGAGUUCACGCACAAAAUCAACACGGAGAAUUCUCUGUGGAGUCUGGAACCAGGCCGCUGUGUACUGCUGUCUCUGAGUAAAUGCGGGGAAGUGUGGUGGACCGCCGUGCUGAAAGGCGAACGAGAAAUCGACGUAAAUCAGAUCAACCGCGAGCGCUCCAUGGCCACGGUGGGCGAAGAGGAGCACGCCGUGUUGGACCGACUCACCUUUGAUUACCAACAGAAACUGCAAGGAAAGCCCCAGAGCCAUGAGAUGAAAGUACACGAAAUGCUGAAGAAAGGCUGGGAUGCUGAGGGAUCGCCGUUCAAAGGCCAGCAGUUUGAUCCAUCCAUGUUCGACAUACCGCCAAGCGCUGUUCAAUUCUGAACUGAAGAAUCUUUGGUAAAUGCUGGGAGAGAGAAGACAGAAAUCUGUUUGAAUCGUAUACACUGAAGCGUCAAGCACUGACAACUCCGGCGUUUACAGUAUGAUGGACAACAUGAUGGCACUGCAGAAUUUGAAUUGCUAAAGCUGUAAAUACUCAGAUCAGUUCCGCAAAUGGUAUGAGGAUUCGGUCAGACCUGAGUGUGUAUACACAUACAUGGUAUUACCUUUUUUAUUUCAGUGAUAUUGCAAGUGCAUCUUCUGUUCACGUGGCGUCUCCAUGGAUCAUCCUUUUCUAUAGGUUCUUUGUAAUAUAAUUGACUGAAGUAAAUCUAAUAAACCACUUCAGAAUUUUCUAGAAUAAGUGAACAUAACACUGAAAGAUAGAGAAGGGUUGGGUAUACGUGGCAUCCUGCAGUUCUGCACAUUAUUAUAUGUUCUUGAGCCUUGUUGAGUAUUUUUGUCAGGUUUAGACAUUUGAUGACUAAUGCAUUUUCUGAGAUUUCACCAAGGGUUUUUUUUCUGUUUUUCAUUCAGUGUUCUGGUUUUGUGUGCCCAAUAAAAAUACUUUACAAAAUAA